AUGUGCGACCAUCGCAGGGAGCGCGAGGAGCGGCUCAAGGCCACGCCAGCAAACGAGGAUGGCGCCGUCGAGUCGCGCGAGGUCAACGGCCAGGCGGCAGUGAAGCGGCUGCAGACGAGUUUUGUGGAGAGCGGGGUGAGUGCGGCGCUGCUGCGCUAUCUGAGCGACACGGGGCCGCUGCUGCUGCAGGACUCGUGGGACCUGCCGCGCAGCAACGACGACGCUGAGGCGGCACGGCAGCAGCUCAAGGCGGCCAACAGCGACGCACAGGCGAUGGCAGACAAGAGAUGCGACGCCCUGCGACACGCGUGCGAGCAGCUGGGGCAAGAAGUGGAGAGGAUGGAGGAGCUCCACGUGGACGACCAGCUCAGCGCGCUCUCCAUCGAGCUGGCAGUGCUGGAGGAGGCGGAGGCGGCGCUGCAGCAGGCGGAGGAGGCGGCGGGGCAGGCGACGUGCAGCGCACAGGGCGAGGGCUCCGAGGGCGUGGUGUGGGUGGCAGAGGGCUGGGGUGGCAUUGGGCAGAGGGUCCCUGGAGGGAAAUGCCGGAAAGGCAAGAAUGUAAUGGCAGCAGAAGCAGGACUUGGAAUAUGGAGGCGCAUUGAUGAGGCAGAGGAAGCAGUGGGUUGCACGAGGGCGGAAUGGCUCUCUGUAAGUGGUCAGCUCUUGCUGCUCGCUCCCUCAAGCACCUUAUACCCUGCUGCUCACACACACGUCCCCUCCCUCUGCCCCUCUCUCCCUCUCUUCAUCGCCCACCACCAGGCGGCGCAAGUGGCGGCGCUCACCCGAGUGAAGGCAGAACUGGCGGCGUCUCUGCAGCGCUGCGCCGCCGCUGAAGGGCUCUCCUCGCACCUCGCUGCUGCUGCUGCUGCCACACAAGCGAGCGAGGAGCAGAGCCACCCCGCAGAGAGGCACACGAGGAGCGCCGGCCCGCCACUCACGCGUGAGGCAGCCGCUUCAGGCAGUGCAGCAGCACGCGCAUGUGCCCCUGCCACGGGGAAGGCAGGGCUGCCUGCUGUGGUGUUGGGCGGUGCAGGGGAGGGCAGCAUGGGGGAGGGCAGCAGUGCGACAGUGGAGGUGGCUGUGCUGCGUGGAGGGCACGUUGCUGCUGCAUCCAUUGUCCCAGUUCCCAUGCGCCCUGUCCCCCCACCUCCGCAUGUGCGCUGCACGCCCCUCUCCUCUCGUCCACAUGCCAUCACCCCCCUUCCCGUGCGCCGUUCCCUCCCCACCCUGCAGGAAGCCCCAGGACUCCCCCAACGCUCGCUCCCUCUGCAACCCUCCACCCACGCUGCUGACAGCGCCACAGGGGCCAACCAGCAGCAUCCAGGCGGAGCAGGAGUGCCGGUGGCAGCAGCAGUGGCGGAGGCGGCCUGUCUGCUGCGCCUGCUGGCGCUGCGCCGGGCACACAUGGCAAAUGCCCUCGCCACCGCGCCCUUUCCCCCCCGGUACAUGGUGGAGAUGGCGGGGGAGGGCGCAUUCAAGGUGAAGUGGGCCAACGGGGCCACCCUCACCCUCACCGCCUGCAACGACUGGCCAAUGCCAGGCGGCCACCUGGCAGUGGCUGACGUAGAGCUGCCCCACACAGCGCAGUCGGGCGAGGAGAGGCAGCAGCUGCUCUCGCUGCUCUCCACGGCCGUGCCAUGGCAGGGCGACGCACAGCGGCAGGAUGACACACCUCCGGCCCCUCCGGCCCUGUCCGCCCUGGGCGGUGUGAUAGCAGCGGCAGGGGCAUGCCUGCGCAAGGCCAUGAUGGUGGCGCUCAAGACAUCGUGA